AUGACAGAGGCAGGGCCAGAGGACAGGUUUGGCGAAGCCGACUGGGACGCCUGGGGUUUCCACCAGGACGCCUAUCGGGAGCGACCGUCGGAGUCUGACCGCUCGUCCCACCGAAAGACGUUCUUUUAUCGGGGCUUUCUUGGACAGCAGGAGUCCACAGGCCAGUUUUACCCAGAGAUGCUUCUCUGUGUCGGGCUGGAAGGAGAGACGGCGUCAGCUCCAUCCAAAGACCGCGAGGGGUUUGAAAACGCUGUGCCAGGAGUUCGCCGUUCUCGCCCCGGUCAGCUGUCGAGCUGGUGGGCAUCCAGGAUGACCCGCUCAGAUGAGGACAGGGAAAUCGGCUGGGAUGCCUGGGGCGCCUGGAGCGACUGCUCUCGAACCUGCGGGGGAGGAGCCUCCUACUCGCUACGACGCUGCCUCAAUGGAGGAAGCUGUGAAGGAAAAAAUAUCCGCUACAGAACCUGCAGUAACACGGACUGCCCUGCAGAGUCGGGGGAUUUCCGGGCCCAGCAGUGUUCGGCUCACAAUGAUAUCAAGUACCAGGGCGUCACGUACGAGUGGGUCCCAGCGCCGUACGACCCCACCGCCCCCUGCGCUCUGCGCUGCCAGGCUAAAGGCCGAAGCCUCACUGUGGAACUGGCCCCGAAGGUGCUGGACGGGACUCGGUGCCGAGCGGACGCCUUUGACAUGUGCAUCAGCGGAGUGUGUCAGGAGGUGGGCUGCGAUCGGCAGCUGGCCAGCGGUGCCAGGGAGGAUAACUGCGGCGUCUGCGGUGGCGACGGCUCCACGUGCCGCCUGGUGCGAGGACAGGCCCUACCCCACCUGACCCCCGAACAGUCUCUGAAGACGGUGCUGGAGGUCCCGAUGGGAAGUCGCUUUCUCAGACUCAACGCCAAAGGCCCCGAUAUGAUCGUUAUUGAAGCCGUGUCUCUUCAGGGGAGGAAGGAGGAGACCGGUCUGCAGUCGACGGGCUCCUACGUGAUAGGAAACACCUCCUUGGACUUUCAGAGGGGGAACGACCGGCAGACACUCAGGACGCACGGCCCACUCGGCGCUGAUUACAUCAUCAAGAUAAAGUACGGAGGCUCCAAGGACACUGUUGUCCAGUUUCUGUUCUACAAACCAAUUCGAUACCAGUGGAGAGAGACUGACUUCUUCCCCUGCUCGGUCACGUGCGGAGGAGGCUACCAGCUGAACUCUGCCGAGUGCACAGACAUCCGGUCCAACCAGACGCUGCCCGAGCACCAUUGUAGCAGCUAUCCUGAAAACACCAAACCCACUCCAAAGCUCAAAGAGUGCAACAUGGACCCCUGCCCGGAGAGUGAUGGAUUCAAAGCAGUGAUGCCUCAUGACCGCUUCCAGCCUCUGCCUCGCUGGGAGCAGGGCCCCUGGACCCAGUGCUCAGUGUCCUGUGGUGAAAAUGGGGGCUGGCAGGAUCGCAGUGUGCUGUGUGUGGAGGAGGACGCCCACGGGCAGUUCUCCCAGGUGGAUGAGUGGAAGUGCACGCACUCCCCGCGACCUGUCGCCCGACAGAUCUGCAACACCUUCGCCUGCCCCCAGUGGGCGGCCAUGGAGUGGUCACAGCUGCUGGACAGAGAAGACAUCAGAAGAUUCAUACCCGGGCCCUGGUCCCCCUGCAGCACCACCUGCGGCCCUGGCAGGCAAACUCGGGAGGUGAAAUGUCAGGUGCUGCUCACUUUCACCAAGACGGAGGUGGACCUUCCAGAGGAGGAGUGUGGCGGGGACAGGCCCCAGCUGGAGAGGCCCUGCAACCACGGGCCGUGUACCAGAGCCACCGCAGUCCGAGACCACGGUGCUCCUUUGUUCCAGGCUGACGACCUGCACAGCUGGGACUUCAGAGGCUUCACUGCCUGCUCGGCCACGUGUGCUGCCGGCAAGCAGACAGCAGUGGUGAGGUGUGUGAACAGGAAGCAAGAUGAGGAGGUGGACGACGCUCUGUGCGAUCCAUCCAGCAGGCCGUCGGUAAUGAUCCGCAUCUGUAACCCUGAGCCGUGCCCCCCAAGGUGGGAGGUGACGGCGUGGACGGGCUGCUCUGCGUCCUGCGGUGUCGGCAUACAGACCAGGAGCGUGUUUUGCAUGCGUCUUUUGUCCGUCGACCAGCAAGAUAUUCAGACUAUUUCAGAGGACGCGUGCAUGGAUUUCCGACCUGCCAUCCUGCAGCCCUGCAACCAGGUGGACUGUCCUCCAGCCUGGGAGACCGAGGCCUGGCAGCAGUGCUCCCAGACCUGUGGUGAUGGUGUUCAGGUGCGGAAGGUGUACUGUAAGCAGCUCCUGUCCACGGGGGCCUACAGGCGGCUGGGGGACGACGCCUGCCAGGUAACCAAGCCCGCUACAAACAGAGGCUGUGGCAAUAUGGACUGUGUGCCCUACACAGCAGGAGGAGAAUGGGGAAAGUGCUCCGUGUCCUGCGGUUUGGGGAUCCAGCGCCGGGAGCUGCUGUGCCUCCAGCUGACGGCGGCGGGCCGUCAGGUGACGGUGGCGAGGGAGCAGUGCUCGGGUUUACCGUCUCCGCCGCUCGUACGAACCUGCCGCAUGAUGGCCUGUCCCAAGCACAAGAAGCAGAUGAGACCCAAAGACUCGCGAAAAGCCGCUGUGAAGAACCAGGUCAAGCAGCCGGUGAGACGCCCUGCAAAGACUAGAGGCUACGAGGAGGCGAUCAAACAGUGUCCCGCUCUCAUUAGCACGCACAACAUCUACAUCCAGACCCGUAAAGAGAGGCGUCUCCACCUGACCGUUGGUGGCCACGCCUAUCUUUUACCCAACACCUCUGUGGUCAUCAAAUGCCCCGUCAGAAGGUUCCCCAAAGCCUACAUCCGCUGGCUCAAAGAUGGCAGCGCCUUACCCAGCUCCCAGCGCCUGGGCGUCACCAAGUCCGGCUCUCUGAAGAUCCAGUUCCUGGAGCCAGAGGACACCGGGGUGUACAAAUGUGUGGCAGGACCCGCCUCAGACAUUUUCACUCUCCAGCUGAUAGGCGGUGACGGCAGGUCGGCGGGUAGACCGCCUGCUCCCGGACCCGACUGGGAGGAGAUGCUGCCCAGCUGCUACAGCCACGACUCAGUCCUGAAGACGAUCCGACCUGGGGCCCGGGUUUCUCUGGUGCCCGCUGGCGGACAGGUGGCCUCCCUGCAGCCACGGGUGGAGGAGAGACUGAUCAAUGUCACGCUGCAGGCUGAUAGAGGAGAGAUCCAGCAGGAGCAGGCCUCAGAGCUCAUCUCCUCCCUGCUGACACACAUGUCUCCUGCCCAGCUCUGGACCAGAACCACGAGGAGAGGAGGACAAGCUAAAGACCGACUGCCCAACUGGUCCGAGCACUCUCCACUGGAGACGGUAGCAAAGAGACCAGCGAUCAUCAGACAGCAGCAGAGCGUCCCACCCACCUUUCAGAAGAACAUCGACAUCAGUAUCGGACACAGCGCGCUCCUCACCAACGCCACACGGUCGCUUACCAUCCGGUGCCCUGCGGAGGGAUCCCCGCCUCCCAAAAUCAGCUGGAGCAAAGAUGGAGCUCUGCUGCAGCACUCUGACAGGGUGUCCUGGGAUCGAGCGGGCCUCCACAUCCUGCAGCUCCGAGCGUCUGACAGAGGCCAGUACAGGUGCGCCGCUGCCAACGCGCUGGGCUCAGACUCGGAGGCUUCCCAGCUGCUGCUGGCAGAGCCUCCGGCCAUCGCGGUGUCCUGGAGGAACGUCUCAGACCACGGGGGGAUGCUGGGCCACAGCUUGACAGCCACUGUCGGAGGACAAAUCAGCAUUCGUCCAGGCGCCAACCUCACUGUGGACUGUCCCGUCAGUGGUGUUCCUCGCCCCACGGUGCUGUGGCACAGGAAGGACGGGCUGUUGGACGCCGGCGCCGUCUCCCUGCCGUCUGGCUCGCUGUGGAUCCGAAACGUUUCCGUGCACAACCAGGGCACCUACUCCUGUGCCGCCACCAACGCCAUAGGAAAGUCGACCGCCUCCACAGUCCUGAAGGUCCACGAUCCAGCCGGAGGGAGCCGGGUGCUUCCAGCGUCUCAGGAGCUGAGCAGGAGGAGAGUCCUCAUGGCGUCACGGCGCGGCACGAGCGUCUUCAUCAAACCUGGAGACGUCCUGCGCAUAGGCUGUCCGGUGGUUUCCGACCACAAGCCGCCUGUGCGCUGGGAGUACAACAACCGGACCCUGAAGGAGGUUUCGGCUCCGGCUCACUCCCCAGAUCCCGGUCCGGGUCAGGGUCUGCAGCACAGGAUGCUGGUGGGGGGUCGGGUGCUGGAAGUCAGCACGCUCCAGGGGAAGUUCGCGGGCCGCUACAGAUGCCAGACCUUCAUCAACAGCACCAGGCAAAUCCUGUCAGCCUGGAUAUACGUUCACAGCGAAGAGUUUGGCUGGAGAUUUGGGGGCUGGACCACUUGCAGCACUUCCUGCGGGAGCAGAGGGACGUGGCUGCGGCGGAUCCGAUGCGUCUCUCUGGACGGAAAGGACGUUCACCCCGACAUGUGUCAGCGCGUACCGAAACCCGUCACGUCCCCGGUCCCCUGCAACAGACAGGCCUGCCCCCCCAGAUGGUCGGUGUCGGAGUGGUCAAAGUGCUCGGCCUCAUGCGGCGCCGGCCAGAAGCAGCGGCGGGUCACGUGUCAGCAGCUCGACGCCGGAGGUGCGGCGAGAACCCUGCCGGCGGCCGCCUGCGAGGGGACGAGUCGGCCGGCGGACACGGAGCCGUGCUCCGCCAAUAACUGCCCCGUCUGGGUGACCAGUCCGUGGGGGAAGUGCUCGGGGAGGUGUUUGGGCCCCACCACCACCCUGCAGAGGAGAUCGGUCGUCUGCCAGCACGCCAACGGCUCCUCCUACACAGACUGUGACCUCCGGAGCAGACCGGUGUCCGUGCGCAACUGUUCGUCUGACCUGUGCGAUGUUCAGUGGCGUCCCGGUGCGUGGCGAGCGUGCACCGUGGUCUGUGGGAGUGGCUUCCAGUCCCGCAGGGUGGACUGCGUUCACAGCAAGACCGGCCGGACUCUGGCCGACCAGCACUGCGCCUGGCUCCAGCGACCCUCCACCUGGCAGCACUGCAACACCGCCACCUGUGGGAGUGAAUGCGAGGACACCACCCAGUACUGCAGUGUGGUGAGGAGGCUGAGGCUGUGCCAUGUGGACACGUACAAACAGAGAUGCUGCAGCUCAUGCCUGCGUGGCGUUGACUCCACCUAGUGGCGGUGGAAGGUUUUAACCGCACGCACACACACGCACACGCACGCACGCACACACACGCACACACAGAUGGGUCUACAGGAGGCGGGAGCCUGAGCAAAGACUAAGACGGACAGCCCGUGAGUGCACGCCGACCCCAACGAGCUUCAGCGUGAAUCUUUCACAAACUGAAAGGAAAUCUGACGACAGGACGAGCGGGCUUGACUUUCUGAUCUGGACUAAACUGUAACAUGAAGACAAGUGUUCACUAUGUGGAUCAAAUAAAGUUUGUGAUUUUCCUACACAGACA